CUAGUAGCGCUCGUUGUCGCAGUGUCAUUUCUCUGUCUGCUUGAGUGUGGUUCCGCGGGCAUUUUCUUAAAAGGCUUCAAAUGACAGUCUCGACUAUCAAUGAGUCAGGCAAAUCAGGUCAACGACACCGUGAAGUCAAGCACAGCGCAAGCACUACGAUGACAACCUGCUGAAUGGCGGUACCAGUACAGGCGCAGGUCCUCCCGCUGAGAGAGUGCCUGAUUUACCACCAAUGGUCACGCACCUGCGGGUCCCGGUCGAUACUGGAUUCGCGGAUGGGCGGCGGUUCAACAGCAGGACGUCCCCAGAGGCGACAGCCUAAAGCCGUCUCAUUCGACAAGGUUACCGUCUACAUGUUUCCACGGGUGCAGGGCUUUGCCUCCGUUCCAACCAGAGGUGGCGAUACCCUUGGAAUCGACUUCAAACACACCGAGGAGUACACUCGCAUUCUUCGAGGAUAUGAAGGCCAGUCGUGUGGACCACCCGGUGAUGACCUACCCAGUGAAGCGUCACUCUUCUAUGACGCGACCUCACCGCUUUCUGCUGCUGUGAGACGGGAUGGUGCUAUGCCGCAGGAGGCCGGCGAUGGGGACGAAGAAAGGAGUGGACGGCAGCAGUUGAAGCCCCUGCAAUGGCGUCAUCGCCGUCAGCUGCUUCGCGACAGUGGUGUGCGGAGCUUAGAUUUUUCCGAGACGGAAGCUUGCCGAGCCAUUAGGACGUCGCGGGAGCGUUGCGGCUGCUCCUGCAUUGACCAGUGCCUCCCAGAAACUUGUUCCUGCUCCCUGAAUGGCAUAGCGUGCCAGAUGGGAACCGCCACGCAUGGACGGCGGUGCCGUGCGGACUUGGAUGCGUGCUGGGCUGUACCCGUAGCCGCUGCCUGCAUUGCCUUCCUCUCGUGUGUAGCCACGUCCGGCUAUGGAUACCUAUACGUGCUCUUCAUGCAAAAGCAUCAACUUAGGCGUGAAGAAGCCGCCUGGCCCCACAGCGCACUCGUCAUCUCUGGUGGAUGCGUGGGUCUCUUAGUCAGCGUCCUGCAAAAGAAGUUCUCGCUCUACCACAUAACCCUCGUCGGCGGGCUCGUCGCUUCUGCAGGCGUCCUGGCAUCCAGCUUUGCGCCAAAUAUCACGUGGCUUUCUGUGACUUUUGGAGUGAUACAAGGAGCCGGCAUGGGCACUACACUGCUAGGCGUCGCUAUGUAUUUACUUCUCUAUUUUCACAAAUACAAGGCCACUGCUACUGCUAUCAAGGAUGUGGGCACGGUCGCAGCCGGUGUAGCAGGCGUGCCCUGGACAUCGCUACUCGUGAGAGAAUAUGGUCUGCAAGGCAGCCUUCUUCUCACGGGUGCUUUAAUGAUGCAUAUCCUGCCAAUAGUCAUGCUAAUCAAGACACCUCGCCCUUUCCAAAUUUGUCGAAAGAACGAGAAAGAUGACAUAACUGGCAGCUCACAUCAUGCUGAUACAGACUCCGUCCCUACCGUAACGAGAGCGACGCCGCUACUGAAGGACGAGGAACCGUUUGAGCCGACUCCAAGUACAGAACGGCAGGUGUCCUCACGCUGCUGUCCUAUUGUGCGGUUUGUGUUUAAGUUGUUCCCUUUCUUUGUUUUGGUGGGGAUGCAAGUCGUCUCAAACUACAGCUUUGGAACAUUCAUGACCACCAUCGUAGAUUACGCUGCAGACAAGGGAACAGAGCUGGAACGCGCCAAGACAGUUAUUAUGUUCACGGCCCUGGGGCAGGCUCUGGGCCGGGUGGUUGUGCCCUUGGCAUCGGAUAAACUUUCCUUCAGCCGCUCCCCCAUCGCCAUCACGUGCCUUCUGGCGACGGCACUGUGUUUUCUCGCCAUUACGCGCGUCACCGCUUUCGAAGAAGUUGCUGCCCUCGCUGGUGUGGCAGGCCUAGGCCUGGGCUACAUCAUUUGUAUGCAGCCAUUGCUCGUCACCGAUCAUGUCGGAUUGGAGUGGUUCAGCCUAUGUUGCGGAAUGGGAGGACUCGUCAGCGUGCCCGUUGUACUGUCGGGCCCAGCGAUUCUAGGGUUUUUCAGGGAUAAGCGUGGCUCCUACGACAGGCUCUAUUUCGUGCUUGCAGGACUCAAUCUGACUGUGGCAAUACUGCUUACAGCGUUGGCGCUCCAAGUCAUAAUACAACGGCGACGUAGUCAUUCUAAGCAUGUUUCUUCUGCGAUCAAACUGGAGACAAAAGAAAUGAAGGAGACAACUUUAUUUUGAUAACAUUGCCAAUUUCUGUCUGUGUAAUCACAGGCAA